GUCUAAUUGAAGCGUUCCUAUGCAGCAAACUAAGACCAUUUUAGCCAUAAGUGGGCCUUUCUUACUUUUGUUUGUUUUAUUUUAAGUCUCAGUAACCCAGUUUACGGUCAAUUGAGAAAAUGAGGGAGAAAAGAAGGAGGACUGUUUUUCAGACCAGGACAAAGCAACCCUGAACUAAUGAUUCGAUUAGGCUAAUAUUUCCAGUGAAUUUUAAUUUACUCAAGGUCCGGAAAACCGCGGACAGGCAUCAGGUUUAAACUGGUUUAAACCUCUAAUGAAUGUUAAAUCUCUGUCAUUUGAGAGAAGCUGACCAUUUCCUGCUGCGCGUGUAGCCUAAUCCUCAACUAUACUUUCAUGGGCUAUACUAGCAUACUGUAUAUCUAAAUGUGGGCGUAUUUGGAAACAUCAUCCCAACAUCAGUUGAGGACAUUGUCCAAACAUCAUUUUUUGCCACAUAGGGGCGGUAUUGUAUUAUUUUGAAUCCUCUGGUCUUUCCCCUUAAUAUUUCAGUUCCCUCACAGAAACAAACAGGUAGCCGGAUAGAAGGAGGUGGUGCUGUUGCGCACAAGGCGCUGACCCUGCGCAAGCUGCAGUAUAACUGAAUGCACAUUCUCCGACCGCUUGUUAUGGAUAAAUAUCGAGGGAGAGGUGAGCGCCUGGUGAUCUAUUCGACUUUUACAAGUCUGCACUAACAGUAAUGAUGCUCUGUUGGAGGCUGUGAAGACUCUGCACCGCAUCUGUUUUGGAGUCGCCAGCAGUGCGCUUCAGCUUGUACACAGGACACACGAUCUAUUGGACUGGUCGCAUUGUUUUCAUAAAGUUUAGCAUCACUGCCUUUUUGCAUGCAUAUUUCUUACAGUGGGAUUUCUUAUUUUCAAAUGCAUUUGGAUUUGUUUGGCUUGUAUUUUCGCUCGGAUAUGGUGGAAAGCGUGCGUAUCGGGCAGAUAUGUUUUUGCUCCGUGGAAGUUUAGCCCUGCGCCUGCUCUCCUAAACUCCCCAUAUCUGCAUUUUAAUUAUCAUACUUCAGCUGAACACUGCAGAGGGUUUAAACGACAGGGGGGAAAUGGCCAGCGAGCGGAAACCACGGCUUUGUAUCAUGACAAAAGGGGACAACGGGUAUGGAUUUCACUUGCAUGGCGAGAAAGGGAAGAGCGGACAAUUGAUCCGCAAAGUGGAGCAUGGCUCCCCUGCAGAAGCGUCGGGGUUGUGCGCCGGGGACCGUGUGAUUGCAGUGAAUGGUGUAAACGUGGAGAAAGAGACACACCACCAGGUGGUGCAGCGGAUCAAGGCUGUGGACAACGAGACCAGGUUGCUGGUGGUGGACCAUGAGACACAUGAAAGUCUGCGCAGCCUUCGCCUCACGGCAACAGAGGAGAUGGCCAUCAUUGGGACCGGGCCUCCUUCCUCCUCCUCUCCUCAAGUGUCUCCUUCCCCUACUCCGCCUUCAGUCCCAUCCUCCCCCAGCAAGAAGCAGGAGAACGGCUCGGUGUCCAAGCAGCCGGUGGCACUGAGCGGCCAGGUGCAGAAGCCCACCAGGAGGUCACCAUCAAAGGCUGCAAAGAAGGAGACUCUCGCCCAGACUGAAGCCCAGACCCAAUCCCAGUCACGGCUCCAUGUUGACCCAUCCGUGCUUGUUCCACGUCUGUGCCACCUGGUGCGGUCUGAGAUAGGCUACGGCUUCAACCUCCACAGUGAUCGGUCUCGGCCCGGACAGUACAUCCGCUCCCUGGACCCAGGAUCACCUGCAGACCACGCCGGGCUCCGCCCACAAGACAGGCUCAUUGAGGUAAAUGGCGUGAAUAUCGAGGGCAUGCGGCACGCGGAGGUGGUGGCCUUCAUAAAGAAAGGUGGAGAUGAGACUUGGCUGCUGGUGGUGGACCCUGAAACAGACGAACACUUUAAGAGGAAGGGCGUUGUCCCCUCAGUCAGCCAUGUCAAAGACUAUGACGGUCCGUCCAUAUCCAACGGGUCUCCGAGCCCUCAUAUCAACGGCAGCUCCACCACACAGUCCAUCAGGUCCACGCACUCUGACCUCAGCAGCCAGGGCAACAGCACACAGCUGGCAGACGAUGACGCCGGCCGGCUGUUGGACCCAUUUGCUGAGACGGGCCUGAGUCUGAGCGCUACGGCAGCAGAAGAAAAGAUAAAGGUCCAUGCCAAAGAAAAGAAGAAAGCGCCGCAGAUGGACUGGAUGAAGAAAUAUGAGCUCUUCAGCAAUUUCUGAGACAUCCCCCUCUAAUGACACUUCAAACACCAAAGCACAUAGAUAAGAGCUCUCGCAUGGAUGAGGUUGUGCUGUGGGAGAAUGUCCGUCUUACUACACAGAACAGGUGUUUUCUUACAGAAAGAACCAAGAUGACCAUUUGUUCCUGGAAUUUAAUGUGACAAAAGGAUAAAAUUGUGGAUUUUACUUUUUAAGCCACUUCAAAGACUAUUUAACAGCUUAUUUUCUCAUUUCCUCAUCAAUACAACUGACUGACAGCAAAAAGAAGUGUUUACUUUGCUAAAAUCGCACUAGGAGAGAAGAAGGAAGAGCAUUAAAAGCUUUACAUACAUGUGCUUGUGUAAGAUGGGAGUAUUGCAAAAAUGUUUUUCACUUAUUUGCCUAGAUCCUCGUCACUUUUACGCUACUUUAGUUAUCCCAUUCUCCCUACUCCUAGAGACUUCUUUCAAAACUGUUUCAAACACAUGGGGGAGAGUUAUUUUUUUAUUUAAAAUGUAUAAACAACUAUAUAAAAAAACAGUAUCACAUCAACAUGGACUGCAUUUUAAAGGAGUUUUAUGGACACUUUGACAUUAAUGAUUGUGGACAUUUUGGGAGUUUUGGCCCAUCAGUCAGAGGAAGCUCAAAGUUGGCAGAAGAUCACUGUGAAAGAGUUGAAACCGUCCGCCUCCAGUCCACACAGAUGUUUGAUAGGAACCACUGACAAAGAAAAGAAAUUUCAAAUCUUUACCUGCUGGUUAAUUAUCAUGUUAAUGCCUGGUUGUGUAUAAUGUAUCCUGCAUGUACAUGAGCUCAUCAACUGACCAUCUUCAGACCACGUCACAAACCAGAUGACUUGUCACUUAGCAUUCUGUCAUAACACAUGUAUCCAUACUAACUUAUUUUCACAGAAGUGCUCCAAUGCAAAGGGAAGCACCACUAACAUUAAAUAUAUUACAAACAAAUAAUGGAAACUGGAGCCUAGAGGAUAGGAAGAUCUAAGUUUUUCAGGGCAAACAGUGUAAGGUGUAUUUUUUUUUUAUUUUUGACUUGAUGUGUACAGCAGAGGGCAAACUUACACCACAAAUAGAGGCCACUUUUAGCAUUUAAACCUCACCUAUGGUAUCACAUAAAAAAACAGAGUAGAUGUUUAUCCAGGUGUCAAUUCACAAUGUCCCUGAAACAAGAAUAAAUUCAGGUAAGGCAGAGGAAAGAAACCCAAGAAGAUUUAUUCUCAGUAGUGUGAGCUGGCUCUGAAGGCAAGAAUAACUGAGGUAAUCAUUCAGACGUAAUGUGAUGUUAUACAGUACUUACAUGUAUGACUGAGAUUUGAAAGAAGGUUGAUAAAUAGGAAGGUAGAAAGUAUUUUAUGAUUUAAUGGAAGGAAAAUGUACUGGCUGUAAUAAGUCAGAAUUAAUUAUCAUCCUGACUAUGAAGUUUAUGGAGGAGCUAAUAACAUUAAGUGCCAACUACAGCGAACUCUUUAUCAGUGAAUAUCUCUAAAAAAAUAAAUGGAUAAGAAUAUAUUAAGGUCAAGUAUCAUCUUGCUUUAUCAGUGGUUUCAAUGGAAAAGUUAGUGGAAAAUCAAGCAAAAAGAUCAAUUGAGUUCACUUAAAUCCAAUAACUUAUUAAUUCCCAAUGAGGAAAUGAAUCUGUCACAACAGAACAAAAUGGAGCUUUUGAGAGCCAGGAAAGAAAACGAGGUUAAGGCUCAAGUCUCAGGAUCUGACCAGCAAUAAUAUGAGCGGAGUGCGAGCUGGUUGCAGCUUGUGGUGGAGGGAGAGAAGGAGAAGUGCACACAGUGAGGUCAGAGAUGCUCCGGAGGAUCUAGCGAAAGAGACUGUGGGAGCCAUGGAGCUUACUGAGGAUUAUUACACACACUGGGACAGCUGUCACACACAUGCUCACACACACAUUUAGAGCACAAUGUGUGUGUGUAGAGAAUGUAGAACAAGUGGGACUGCAGGUUGGAGAAAUGUCAUCUAUGUGGACAACUUGUCUUUUUUUUUUUUUUUUUUUUUGGAUUCAUUCACACUCUUACACUUGCUCCACAGCGCAAACACUCUAGCAGGAGUGUGUUGAUUCAUCUUUGAACAUCAGUUUGUGAUCUAGCAUCCAUGCGUGUGCAGUAGGGCUCGCGUUAUAUGUUCUGACACCCACAACAAAAACUCUCUUUUAUCAUGGCUGAUGUAUAUACAGUAAAAGCUAACAGUAUAUAUGGCAGGUUGCAUUUUCAAUAAAGUGUGACAAUGGCGUUUUUUGAAUAUAUUAAAUUGUUGUCAUCUCAUCUUUUA